AUGGCUCUAAAUUUUCUACAUAUUUGUGAUUUGUUUGAGCAGCUUUCGCGCUCACAGAAGUCAGACGACCGUGACCGAGUCAUUGACUCAUGGUGUCAGCAGCACAAUCCGGCCAUUGUGCGACACGGAGUUGGUGCUCUGGGUCUGCUGUCAUGCUUGUUUCCCGAGAAGAGGCCCGAUAGAGUCUAUGGCCUUCGUGAAGUAAAACUGGAAGGAAUCAUCGUGAAGGCCGCCGGUUUAGGUCAUACACGCAUCUCCGAAAUACGACGCCUCCAAGAGAGUCAGCGUAUGGACUUUGCUUCUGCGGUUGAACGAGUCUUUGCGGCGACCGACGAUGUCCAGGAACAUACCCACUCGUUAUCUGUCAUGGAUGUGGACCAGACGCUGGACCGACUAGCAGCCACAUGCCCAUUCUCUGCUCCUAGGCUUCGAGCAAUGAUGGGAGAGGUCGACCAAGAUCCGAUUGAUGAGCUUUUGAGCAUCUUCAGACGACUACACAGCAUGGAAACAAAAUGGCUCAUUCGUCUGAUAUUGAAAGAUUUGCGGCCAGCGGAGAUCCCACCAGUGGUGAUUCUCCAACAGUUUCAUUUCUUGAUGCCGGACCUCUUCAGAACCCGCACCAACCUGAUCGAUGCGCUCGAGCUCCUCGACUGUGAUAUCAUCCGGCGGAUGCCGCUCUGGCCCACUCCAGAAGUAGCAAAACAGCUCAGAGAGGAGGUAUUACUUCUGAUGCAGCCUCGUGCAGGCACGAUGAUUGCUCUGCAACCUUUUCAAAAAGCUCGCAGCCUCAAACACUGCCGUCAACUUGCCGGCAACAAAGAGAUCAGUGUUGAGCGAAAGUAUGAUGGUGAAUACUGUCAGAUCCACGUGGAGAUGACUGGUGGGAACUCUCGUAUCACCAUCUUUUCCAAGAGCGGACGAGACUCGACCAUGGACCGCAAAGGGCUACAUGACACGAUUCGGAAGUGUUUAGCCAUUGGUACUACGGGGUGCAAAUUUAAACGGCAAUGCGUCCUUACUGGGGAGUUAUUGGUUUGGAACGACCGCACGCGUCGUAUCAUGCCGUUCUACAAGAUCCGUCGAUAUGUUUCCCGGGAAGGACGCCAACUGGGCUGUGAUCGGGAUUCGCCUCCUUGCGAGGAUGAACAUCUGAUGAUCAUGUUCUACGACCUUCUUAUUCUCGACGACAAUAUGUGUGUUCAUGAGCCGCACAAUGUCCGACGCCGCAGGCUUUGGGGUACAGUCCAUCGGAUCCUCGGUCGAGCUGACAUCGGUCACAGGGUGAAAAUAGAUAUGAGACUCGUCGACGGAGCCACUCGUCUCGGAGAUGAAAUGACAUCGGCCAUAUCUCGAGGCUGGGAGGGCUUAGUAGUCAAAGCCUGCGAAGCUCCGUACCUGUCAAUUCACGGGGAUGUACAGCAAAUCAAGCUGAAGAAAGAUUACAUUCCGGGCUUCGGCGACUCAGCCGAUCUAGUGGUGGUGGGCGGCCGUUACGACACCAAAGAAAUCUGGGCACAGAGCGAAAAGUGUAUCGGGUGGACUACUUUCUACCUGGCCUGCUUGAGCAACAAGGAGGCAGUGUUGCAUUCAGAGGCUAAACCGAUCUUUCAGUUGGUGGCGAGUGUUACACGACCCUGCCUGUCGAUGGCAGAUGUUCGAUACCUGAAUCGCUAUGGUGCAUCCCAUCAAGUUCCUUUCACGAAGUCAAUCAGCCAAAUGGAGGUGAAAAUUGAAUCCGGAUCCCCUAGUCGACCAACUGCGCUGUUUUUAGAACCAGCGGUGGUCGAAGUCGUGGGGGCCGGAUUCGACCGGCCGGCGAACCAACGGUUCUUAACAUUACGCUUCCCUCGAAUCGUUAAGAUUCAUCGAGAUCGGACGUUCAAAGAUACUCUUGAUUUUACGGACUAUCAGCGAUUAGCUCAAGAGAGCAUGGCUUUGAUGGCGGAAGAGGAUGUUGGUGGACAACAACAGACAUCCCUUGCAUCGUCACCGCUUCGACGAGUAGAAUCUGUACCUUCAACCUCAACUCCAAGCACAGGCUCUGGGACGGAAACAGAAGGUCAUGGUGAACAUAGAAUUAGUGAGGACGAAAACCUGGAUGCAGAAUCUCCUUCAGUAUUGAGUGGUCGACGUCAAGUGGCAAAGCGGCAUAGAUCGCCAGAAGACUUCCCCCAUCUCCCUGCCACGUGCAAGAAGGCAAAAGAGGUAUCGACCUUCAAGAGUGAAAAGGUACGGUACGAGGGUAAAACAAGUCCAGUGGCCGUCCAACGAACCACGAGCCAGCUACUAAAUGAUGAUGUUGGGGCAACAUGCAAUCCUCCGCCUGCUCUCUUCAGCUACGAUAGGCCAUCGGAUGUGAGAGCGAUGGUCAGUCAAGAACAGAAGUCAUCUAUUCAUAUGGCCUUCCGAUUGUCUCUCAGAAAUAUUGUAACACCAAUCCUUCUUGAUGAGUCGUUGACUGGACUAUGGUCCGAAGCUGACCAGGAACUGUUAAAGUUAUGCGCAAAGUGUCCUUUGCCGCUCACCUACAACAAAGAUAUACUUCUGAACCACCUUAAUGGCCAACAAAUGAUUGCGGAUCGCAGUGAUGAUCACAUGAUGGCUACUUGUGUUGUCCUUGUGCACUGGCCUUCUGUGGAGAUGGUGCUGGCCGGGAUCAACCCUUGGCUACGUCGUCUGGAACACAAGGAGCACGUUUUCAUCCCCCGAGCAUACUGGAAUAUAAUCUUUGUAGAAUGGAAAGCUCUUGGCAGUCUGAAAGAAGAUCUAGUUGAGUCAUCUCCUACUCUUAUGGAUUUCGUUCAAGGCUAUGUCGAGUGUAAGGAUGGAAGUCUAGGUUUUUCUGGUCGGCGUCCGGGUGUGCCGGGAUAG